AUGGUUGAUGAAGAUGCAGAAACGCAGGAAGAUGAGUGAGUCAUAAUUUUAAUGUUAAUUAAUUAAAAACGCCUCCACUCCCAACUGAAUGUCUCGUUUUUUUGUUAAUUCAUUGCUUGUAUUAUAUUUAUUAGCUUUAAUAGCUUAUUCAGUCGUCAUUCAGCACAGACUUCACCAAGCUCCCGUAAUUCAGCACAGACUUCAACAAUCUCCCGUAAUUCAGCACAGACUUCAACAAUCUCCCGUAAUUCAGCACAGACUUCACAAGCGCCCGUAAUUCAGCACAAACUUCAACAAGCUCCCGAAAUUCAGCACAGACUUCAACAAGCACCCGUCCGCACUUAACCAUUGGUAAGUAGUUUCCUUUUUUCACAACUACGACUCCCUUUUUCAAGAAUUAGUCGUCCGAGUCGUCUUUCAAUAGUCCCUUUAUCAUUCAAUUUAUAGGCCAUUUAGGACCGUCAAGAGAAGAUACGACGCGGGCUAACUCGUCUGGUCUGUCAGGUUGGUUUGUAUUUUAAUUAAUAUAUUAUACCCAAAACAAUUUACAAUUGGUUGGGGAUUAUUAAAACUGAAUUAUUUGGUUGGGGAUUAAUAAAACUGAAUUAAUUCCGCCAGUUAUCAGUCACCUUGCCCAACCCCUUAUUACCUUGUUAUUGCUCUGUUGUCCUCCCAUAUCCCUUACAAAAUUAAAAUGGCUUCUUGUUGAUGUUGUUUUCUUUCCCAGAUACAAAUAAUAGAAGGGCUACUUAUUUGUUGCUGCUGCUUUCUUAUUUUGCUUAUUUAUUAAUUGUUUAGUGUGUUAUAUUUUAGCGAUAUUUUAAACUUGACGGUGAUACGUAUCCUGUCUUUCAUUUCUAGAAAAUGCAGAGCGUGUUUUGACGAACUUGCAAAAAGAAGUGGCCUCGUUAAAAAGAGCUGUGACGACCAUGAAUGACGUUCAGCAAGAAAUUUUGGCAUGUGUCAAAAAGAUAAAAAUGGGAGUCGAAUCGGACAAAUUCGAUUUAGCGAACUGUUGCCAUACCGUAAGUGCAUUGUAUGAAAUGUUGCGAAAUGUGCAAUUGCUCAUUCUAUAACAGCAAUAAUAAAUCUUUAUUUAUAUCCAAUUUGGUUAAAGUUGUAUCUUGAGUUCAAAAUUAUUAUAUCUUAAAUUUAGGAAAACAUAAUUCAGCUGCUGGGAAAAUAUUAUUCCUCAAAAGGGAAAUUCCCUUUGGACUUUCCAGAAAAACAGGUGAUAAAAGUCGUAUUAUGCAUUUUGCUCCAAUUCUUGGGUUUCACUACGACAUUAUGCAGUGAAUCUGAUGGGGGUCAACCCAAAUGUAUUGAUGGGGUCAACCUCUAAUUGGGUCAACCUCAAUUGAUGUAUCUUCUGGAUCUUCUGGGGUCAACCUCAAAUGUAUUGAUGCUUUAUAUGCUGUACUGGAGUGAGAAAAUUAUAGGACAUUCCAUGUACUGGCCACCUAACACAAGGCUAACACACACACACACCAAACAAUUGACUCACUCUGAUAACUGUGUUUUGUUUUAGAGUUACCCAUCACCUCUGUAAUGUCAUAUGAAACCCAAUAAUUAAAUGUUGUAAUGAAGACGUAGUCACUAUUUAUAGUCACAUACUGUAAGGUUGUGAUAAACAUGCAAAUGGAAAUGCUUUAGCAGUCAGUUUGGCUUGCCAGUAUGCAGUAUCUGCAUUACUAUCCUUUUUGUAUCCUAAUACUAAAUCCCACUUUAAUUGCCUACUUUAGCGAGCUUUGAAAUUGGAAUUCACAGGGUCACCAACGGGCCUCACCUGUGAAGAGUUACUGCUUCGUUACAAGAAGUUUGAAAAUGCGAAAAUGUCUUACUGGAGGAGCGAAGAAAGGAGAAGGGUAAGAUUGAAUUCAUGGUAUGACUUAAUGCAUGGUUCAUGGACUCCCCUGGAACCAGACUCUCAACAAAAUUAUCCCCCCCCCCAGGAAAAGGAUUGGGUGGUACAGGGGGAACUGAACCUGUAAAUCCAAGUGACGCAUUCUUCACUGGGAGAAAAUUGCAGUUGAAUCAUAACAUGUAGCUGAUUGAGACUGCAAGAAUUCGGAUAUAUACAUUAUCAAGCUUUCAAAUGACAAAAUGUUGUGUAGUAUUAAGUGAAAAUUAAGUUAAAAUUAAUUUGUGCUUUAUUAUAGCUUCUUGGAAUUGCUGGAUAUGAUGCAUUACUCACUGCGCCUACUGACGUCAUGACAGACAAAAUUCUGCAUUUAAUUGGGCAAAAGCAUAGCAGUGGCUGUCAUAAGAUUCAUCUAACUAAUGAAAUAAUUGUUGCAGUAAGUGACAUAUAUUGAAUGUACUGUGAUUUAACACUCCUCGUAAUUAAGCUAUAGUUGCUGUCCAGACAAAAUAAUUACCAGCAUCGUUUGCUGCUGUACUUUGCCUCAGCAUUUUUUUUUCAAAAUAAUAUAAAAAAAUAUAUUUUUUUGAGGAUGGUUUAAAAUUUUAACAAAAGUGAAAAAUGAACAAUAUGUGCUUUCUAUUUAUAUAUAAAAAACAAUUUAUUUUUCAAGUUAUAGCUUUUAUUUAAAAGCUGUAAACAUGCUCUGGGAAUCUAAACCAGAAACCAUUACUGGUACUGUAUGCAGGUUUCAAACAUGCACACUUUUUUAAUAUUGUAUAAAUUCUAAAUAUCAAAUUGAGGUGAAUUGUUGACCCAAUGCCAAUGAAUUUGAAUGUUGACAAAUGCCGUAAUAUGAUGUCCAGUGCCCUAAUAUGAUGACCUGUGCUUAUAAAUUGGUUGAAAAAAAAAUAGCAACUACCCCUUAGUCACUCAAGAAAUAAAUAUAUAUUCACCAUGUUGGAUAAAUUUGAAUUAUAAUCCUUGUUCAAAUUCAUCCAACAUGGUGGAUAUGAUAAUUUGAAAACUAAAUAUUACUUGUUCACCACAACAAUCUGAAUAAUUUUUUGAUAGCGCAAAUAUAUUCGAGAAAUUACCGUACAGAGAGCCCGCAAACAAAAGGAGUUUUGGCAAGGCCUCUAUGCAUGGAAAACAACCAAGUGGCCAAAUGGCAUUCCUCAAGAAGACUGGCUUGAUAUAAGAAGAGAUGACUUAGCAUGCUACCAAGAAGAAGAAUGA